AUGCACAGGGGUGGCGGGGUCGUGGGUGGCGGUGGUGCGGGAACCGCCGCCGGACGUGUCCUUGAGCUCGAUCAUCCACCAGCUAUACCAGCUGGACCAACGGGUUUUCAUUGGGGUGCCAUGAUUGCUGGUCAUCAUGCUGCUGCAGCCGCUGGUAUGAUGCAGCCUUCGUUGUCUGGCACAGCUGAUUACGGUCUUGCUACAACCCACAGUCCAGCUCACUCUACCAUGCCCAUGGAUUUACACAUGUCCCAAGGAUUUCCUUGCUACAGGUAUCGAGAUGAAGCUCUCUGCUGGACUGACAGGAAACAACCCUUGGACAACCUGGGCACAGUAACGUCAGCCAACAUUCGGUGAGUUUUAAUUUAUAUUGAAUCUGAUCAGCGGGAAAGUUUGAAUGCUUCAUUUUUCGAAUAACGGUUGAAACUUUGUUCAGUACAUUUGUGGCAAAAACCAUUUCGUUUUUGAAAAAAUUUUUUUGAGAAGCUAAGAACUGUCUUGUAGGAAAUAAAAUUUUUUAGCGAAAAUAUUUGAUCUUUUCUUCGCGAAGUUAUCGGAAAAAAGUUAUGGGUUUAAACAAUACUUGAAAAAUUCAAUUUAUGCAUAAUUUUAAGGCUAAUUUUUUGAUUUUGACAUUUUGUAAAUUGGA